AAUGAUUUGGGAAAGAUAAAUACUUAAGCCUAUGCAGUUGUACUUGAAUGCGGAAAAUUGGAGAGCACUAUUAUUUUAUUUAAAAAAUAACUCAUUAAAUUUGACCAUUAAUUGUUUUUAUUUUCGUGGUGUCUGGAUUAGAUUUCAAAGCUUUUCAAUGUGUUCUUCUCUAGCAUGAAUUUUAGUUUUAUGUAACUUGAUGAAUAAAAUAACCUCAUCCUAUCCCUUGGGAAUUUUAUGGCUUUUGAAGAUUUUUGAUGUGAAAUGUCCACGAACUAUUCUACUGCCUUAUCGCAUAUUGUACUAGCUGGUACAAGCAUUUAUUGUUAUAUUUGUUCAAAGUCCAUUAUUAAUGCUAGAUGUUCCUUUGCAUUUAUUUUGAUAAAUUCUUUACUGGGAGUAUGGAGAUGGGGGAACCCAUCUUAUGGCUCCAAUACUGAUAACAUGUACAGGAUAACAACACUUAUACAAGACUUAUUUGCGCUUCCAUUUAUAGUUUCAACAAUUUGGAUACAAUAUGGAUACACAAACGAAAUAGCUUUAGGCAACAUGAUCAUUCCUCUCGUACCUCUUGUAAUAUAUUUCUCUAACAAGAAUAGAAUAAGUUCAGACUUCGCAGAUGUGAUAACAAUUGUUAAUUGCGGAGCUUUAAGUUUCCUCUCUUAUACAUAUGAAAAUUAUUUUGGAAUGUCAGCCUCCCUUUCUUACAUUGUUAACCAUUUUUGGAUUAAAAAAAAUACCGAAAAUUAUUUUGAUGUACCUACCCAAGUUUUGUUAAAUUAUGCAACUUGCUUUUUUGCUUAUUUUGGAUUAAAGGCUAUUUUGAAUUAAGUAUAAUAUAUAUCUGUGCUGAUAAAUGGUUUAAAAUAUUAACAUGGUGAAGCAAUCAGUACUUUUUAAGGUUUUUAUUUUUUUUUUCAAAUCAACUUUAAAAUAAAACAUAAUUUGGAGUUUGUGAAAUGAUACCAAACUAAUUUGGCUAUUCAUACUUUGAAAUCAUGUCAUAGAAUUACUAACUUAAUUAUUAUAUAUUCAGUAAAAAAUUAGCUCAUACAAAUUGACAGCGAACUUUUAAACUGAAAUUCGUUUUAGAUGUUCAUAUAUUUGUAACGAAUGAGGUACAUAACGAUUUUUCAGACUAACUACAAUUCCUUAUAGAAAUGUUAAAUUUCCUAUUAUUACUGUUAAUUCUUUUUAAUAUUUGCUAGAGACUGUUGAGUUGAGUAAAUAUUUUUUAUUAUUUAUUCAAUGGUAAUGUCGGCUUUGUGAGUUUGUGAUGUAUGCAUAUCAUUGUUCUAUGUCUAUUUUUAUAUAAAAGUUUUUAAUUGUACAAUAUAACAGAGGUAUAAUAAAGUUAUUAUAUAUAUCAUUUUAUUUGA